AUGAGCAGCAGAAGCCUGGAAACCGAGGAUAGGGUUGAAAAGAAAGAUGGGGUGCUGGGGAGCCCGAGACAAAAGUCAGGGGAGAGCUUCGUCUCUCCCCACAGUGGAAAGAGGCAGUUGCCCAAGGUGUACAGGCAUCGGGACUCUCUGUUGCCCCUGAGGUGGAGACUCACACACAGCAUCCGCUGGAAGGUGCAGAUGCUGUCGGCCGAGCUCAGCCUGAUUGCCUUCAUCCUGCUGCUGGUCAUGGUCUUCUCUAAGAGGUGGCUGUGCCUCUCUAUGGUCCGCUUCUACCAGCGCUGGCCUGCAAGUGUUAGCAACAGAAUCCACACAUCGGUCCAUAUCAUGUCCAUGGGGCUCCUGCAUAUCUGCAUAGCCAAGAACUGUCCCAACUCAGAGAAUGGGAAAGUUACCUUAAUUUUCUCCACCCUCAUGUUGUUUCCUAUUAAUGUCUGGAUCUUCGAGUGGAAGAGGAAUUUAUCAGUCCCAAUCGGGUGGACCUAUUUCAUUGGUUGGGUGGUGCUUUUUCUACAUGCCACCUGUGCGAUACUCUGCUACUUCAACAAUAAAAACUUCUGGAGUCUGAUUUUGAGCUGUUCCAUUGGCACCAUGCCCUGCGGGAGCAGUACCAGGCCAGGUCCUCUGAGUGAACAAAUAGUCUCAGACAUCUCUGUCAACUAG